GUGUUGCCGCGGGACAAGUUGCAGGCUGGCAGCGCGAGGCUGAAGAUGAAACUUUGAUCAUAAAAAUCAAAGAUUAAGAAGCUGCUACUCGUGACGUCAGCAUGGCUGUAAAGGCCAGCUGCUGUCUCCUCUGUCCUCUCAGCAGUCUAACAGGCUUUGGUACCAUCAAUCCCAGGCUCAGGUUCUGUAUGACUUCAUGGCUGAACCUGGAAACAACGAGCUGACUGUGAGACAAGGAGACACGCUCAUCGUGAUUGACCAGACGGUUGGUGGAGGAUGGAUUGAAGCUCAGGACACUGCUGGUAGACGAGGCCUGGUACCUGAGGGAUACCUACAGGUUAUCGGUGGUGGAACAGGAGGUGAGCAGUCCUGGCCAGGGGGUGGGGCUUCAGUCAGUAACACAGCAGAAGGAUGGGAUGGGCGUGGCUAUAACCCAGCAGAGGGCGACAUCUAUGAUGAUGAGUGGGAUGAUGACUGGGAUGACCAAUCAGAGGGUGGUUACCGUGGUGAUGAUCAGGUGGAGGAUGAGAGUGGGGCUUCAGGUCGUGGUUCUACAGUAAAGAUCUCCCUCAACAAGUUUCCGUUCUCCAAAGGUCCAAGUCCAGAAGUCUUCCUGUUAGCUAAACCUCCAGCUAAUGAGAGGGACAGACUUCCUGUUUAUGUUGGAGAAGUGGGUCCAGUAUGGCUGUACCCAUCAGAUCCCUUGGACUGUUUGGUUGCAGAUCCCAAGAAAGAAUCCAAACUGUACGGACUGAAGAGCUUCAUCGACUACCAGAUCACCCCCAACACCACUAGCAGACCUGUCAAUCAUCGCUAUAAGCACUUUGAUUGGCUGUACGAACGUCUUCUGGAGAAGUUUGGCUCCGCCCUGCCCCUCCCCCCUCUUCCUGACAAACAGGUCACGGGUCGUUUCCAUGACGACUUCAUCAGGAUGAGGAUGGAGCAGCUGCAGUCAUGGAUGACCCGCAUGUGUCGCCACCCGGUGGUCUCCCAGAGCGACGUCUUCCAGCUCUUCCUCACCUACAGGGAUGAGAAAGAGUGGAAGGCGGGAAAACGGAAGGCAGAGAAAGACGAGAUGGUGGGACCCCUGAUCUUCAGUCUGGUGGAGCCUGAGGCCCCUGAGCUCGAUGCAGCUGAGGUUGAACAGAAGUGUGAGCACUACAGCCGCUUCACCAGAGCCAUGGAGGGCGGAGUCAGAGAGCUGCUGAAUGUUGGACACACCCACUGGAAACGCUGCACAGGACCCCUGCCCAAAGAGUACGAGCGGAUUGGCCGGGCCCUCAGAGACCUGUCCAGUGUUUUCACCAGCAGCAGGUAUCCAGGGGAGGAGACUCUGACUGAUGCUCUGACGGCCGCUGGUCAGACGUACGAGGAGAUCGCAGAAAUCGUGGCUCAGCAGCCCCAGAAGGACCUUCACUUCCUGUUGGAGACUAACAGCGAGUACAGAGGCAUGCUGGGAAAUUUCCCAGAACUGAUUGCUGUCCAGAAGGCUGCAGUAGAGAAGGUGAGAGAGUCUGACCGACUGGUUUCUACCGGAAAGAUCAGCGAGAGCGACAGGAAGGUCAUGAACCACCGCCUGAGCGCCAUGAGCUACGCACUACAGGCUGAGAUGAAUCAUUUCCAUAGCAACCGUAUCCAUGACUACAACAGAGUGAUGCAGCUGUACCUGCAGAGACAGGUGAUCUUCUACCAGCAGAUCGCUGAUAAGCUGAGAGCGGCUCUGAGCCGGUUCACUACGCUGUGAGGACUACGUCACUGAUGACAUCACCGAUGACAUCACGUCCCUGUCUGAGUCUGUUCCCUGUAAAUGUUGAAUAUUAAUGAACCACAGAGUGAUUGGUUUUAAUAUUGAUUAAUAAUUAUUGUCUGUAAUUCUUUAUUAAACUUUGACCUGGUUUGUAAUCAAUAAAUUCUAAUUUUAUUUCUUCGUUUCUGAGUCUUCAGUAACAGGUUGAUGUUCCAUUUAUAUUAGAGAUAUUUCAGGAAAGGGUUGGGUUGUUGUUGUGUGUUGUUGUUAUGUGUUGUGUGGU